AUGUCUUACGGAGGUCCUCAAUCCCAAUAUAGCGGUGGCGGCUAUGGAGGUGGUGGCGGCGGCUACGGCGGUGGAGGCUACGGCGGCGGUGGAGGAGGGUACGGUAGUGCUCCUGGCGGGUUCGCCCCUGCUCCCGCUGGGCCGCCUCCCGGCGUGGACCCUCAGCUUUGGAGCUGGUUCUCGGCCGUCGAUAUCGACAGAUCUGGUCACAUCUCUGUUCAUGAGCUCCAGAAGGCACUGAUCAACGGAGAUUGGACUCCCUUCGACCUGGACACGGUCAAGAUGCUCAUGACUAUCUUCGAUACCGACCGCUCUGGUACCAUCGGUUUCCACGAGUUCGCGGGACUAUGGAAGUACAUCAAGGACUGGCAGAACGUCUACCGCCACUUUGACCGCGAUCGGUCCGGCUCAAUCGACACGAACGAGCUCACCGAGGCGCUCCGCCAGUUUGGGUACAACCUCUCCCCUCAGCUCCUGCGCCUUGUUGAGGCCAAGUACGGCUCGGGCCCGCGAAGCGGUGCACACGGGGCACCGCCGCAGGCGCAAGGCAUCACCUUCGACCGCUUCGUCCGCGCAUGCGUCGCGAUCAAGCAGAUCUCGGAGUCCUUCCAGCGCCUCGACACGGACCGCGACGGAUGGGUACAGAUCAACUACGAUCAGUUCAUGCAGACCGUGCUCAGUCUGCCGUGA